GAGUACUGGAAAGUUGUAUCACAGUCUUACAGUUUUAUUACAUGAAUAGUUACCGUACAAAAAGCUUACUUUCUCUUUCUUGUUUAUUUUGUUUUCAUUCAAUCUCUCUAAUCUUAUUAUCGACUAAUUAAUUGAUAUAAUUCAUUAUGGCUACAUCUAAUACUGCUGUUUUGAACGAACUCAAGCUUAAGUCCAAAAACAGUCGACGGUCAAGAGGCAGAUAUGGACGAGGUUUGCCUAAAAAAGGUGGUGCAGGUGGAAAGGGUACCUGGGGAAGGCUUGGAUCGGAGCUUGUUGGUGUUGAACGAGGAUUAGACGAUCCUCAUGAUCCCAAUUAUGACUCUGAGUCUGAGGAGAACUGUAAAUUGGAUGUCAUCACUCCACCAUUGGAGGAAAAUGAAAUUGAGAAAUAUGUUGCACCCAUAAUUCACGAAUACUUCGAACAUGGAGACACUGAAGAAGUUGCAAUAUCUCUUGAAGAAAUAAAUUUGGGUGAACAUUUCCACCAAGUCCUUGUCAUCAUUGUUUCCGUUGCAAUGGAAAGAAAGGCAUCUCAUAGGGAAAUGGCUUCAGUUCUCAUAUCUGACCUCUAUGGACGCUUCCUCCUUGAAGAAGAUUACGAACGUGGAUUUGAAGUUCUCCUCCAAAGUCUCCCAGACCUGAUUCUUGAUACACCCCAGGCAGCAACGGUUCUUGGUAACUUUAUUGCCAGAGCAGUUGCAGAUGACUGUAUUCCUCCAAAAUUUGUUCAAAGCCAUGUCCAAAUGAGCGAUGAAAAUGCUCGACAAGCUAUGGAACAUGCCAGUGCUCUGCUUAAUAUGAAACAUGGUCUGGUCAAACUGGAUAGUGUGUGGGGAGUCAGCGGAGGUAUGAGGCCAGUUAAAUAUCUUAUCCGUAAGAUUCAACUUCUUCUCAGAGAAUACAUUUCAUCACAAGAUAUUGAUGAAGCCACCCGCUGUCUUCAGGAACUUGAAGUUCCACAUUUUUAUCAUGAAUUUGUUUAUGAAGCCAUCACAAUGGCUAUCGAGGAUAUGAGUGACCAUGUCAUCGAAUUAAUUCUUAAGCUACUCAAAUCUCUCACUGAUGCAGUUGUUGUAACCGUUGACCAGCUCAAAAAUGGAUUCAAUCGAGUGUAUGAAGAAAUGCCUGACAUAUGCAUCGAUGUACCACUUGCUUAUCAGAUUUUGGAGAAAUUUAUUAACAAAGCCACUGCAUUGGGAUUCUUACCAACUGACACCGUUAAGAAUAUGCCUACAAGGGGCCGAAAACGAUUUGUUUCCGAAGGAGAUGGAGGCAAACUUAAAGUAUAAAAUAUAAGACGCCAUCAAAUCAAAAAGACGAAAUAUUUCCCCAUAACGAAAAUUUAUCUCCAGCUUUUUUUCUUUACGAUAUCUUCCACUGGUUGUUUUGGGGACCCUUAUGAUCCAUGCGGUCUCAUUUUCUCAGCGCUUUAUAGUUUUCUUUGGGAAUUAGUUGAAACUAAAACAUGACCAUAUUUUCCAACAAAAAUACUUUAAAAAAAUAUAUCAAACUCAGAGACUCAGUAAGAGAACCAGCUCUUGCAAAGUAUGCUUUAUUAUGACAAAUGGAAUCAGGAUCAAAGAAAAGCUGUCACCGUCAUUUUGAAUUUCAAAAUUUUUUGGCACCCACUUGACUUGUACACUUUGAACCCUCAACUUUUUUCAUCUGUUCAACUUAUUAAUUUCAUCACAAGUGACUAGGAAUGUCUAUUGCAGUUAUUUGGAACUUUUGGAUACUCUUGUCCCAUUCUUUUUUGUGAAUCGCUCGCUCUUUUGGCUACACGAUGAUUAGCUCUUUGGAAAUCGUUUCUUUUUUGGUAUCUGAUUGAUAAAUCUCUCACCCUUUCCCCCCUUUUCGUAUCUUUUUUUCGUAAUCUCUGUUAAUUUAGCAGAUCUGUGGUUUAAUGGUGGGAUUGAGAAAAUAGACUGUAUUCAAACUUCAGCGAUCACUUCAUUUUAAAAGAGAAAAAAUCCUUCUGGGUUUCUAAGUCAGAUUCAGGGCAUGAAAUAAACCAUUUCUGUUAACAUUUAUCAUUUUACGAGGGAAAUUGCUCAUCAAAUUUAAACCCCUUUCCUCAUUGGUGAUAAUGUUUUUCAAGGUAGAAAUUCAAACGAUCAAGAAAAAAAUUAAGCAUAACUUUGAGUGUAAACUUCCAAACAAGUAAACAAAAUCCUAUAUUUGAAACCAUAUUUUUGAUCUUUUGAUGUUUCAUCAAACUUAAAAUUAAAAACUGACAAUUUAAAUUGCAAAACAUUAUACCCUUUAGGCCUGUUUAAUCAUAAACCAACUCAACAUUUUCCAUCCAUUUCCCACUUUCCCUAGACCUGAUAUUAAGGUAGUUAGUUGAAACAGAGAUGUAAUCCUGUUGACUUAAAAAUUUUUAGCUCUCAAAAAAAUAUCAUCUCAAAAGCAAAAAACUUGAACCAAAUGCUAUUUCUAUUUCUUUUUUCUCAUUUCUCUGAUAAAAAAAUAUUUGGUUUAGCUUAACACUUGAAGCAUUUCAACUUUCUUGAAAGUCCUGAUUAUCAACUCAUCAUUUCAGGUUGCCUGAUGUUACACCUGAUUGAUUAACUCAAUCUUGCCCUUUCUAUCUUUAUUUUUCUCUUUAUAUCAUCUUUAUUCUCUGGGAUAACUACUAUUGGCGACAAACAAAAAACAAAAAUUGUCUGUACAAACAAAAAAACUGCAUAUAAUUAAAAAACACAAAAACAAA